UUUUCAGGUUGCAAGUAUCAGGCUUCCCAACAUUUGAUACGUCAAGCCGUCAAUUCUUAGUUCUCGUUAAGAUGCGUAUAAUUCUAACACUGCUUGCAUCAUCUUAUGUGACGGCAUCCCACAUAUCUGCAGAAAAAUUCUCUCUCCGCGUUCCUGAUCAUGUGAAACAAUUAAAUGGGCAAGCACCAGCGGAUUAUAUCAAUAACAAUCAUCCAUUUCAUAAGGCAAAUCCUCCAAGAAUGACAUAUGAAGAGUUCACAUCGCGUUUGAUGAAUGUCAAGUACUUGACAAUACCUAAAAAGUCCGAAAGAGCAGAAGAGCUUGAAGUUGCCGAAGAAAUUCCCGAAAGUUUUGAUGCUCGAGAAAAAUGGCCGCACUGUGAUUCAAUAGGCUUAAUUCGAGAUCAAGCUAAUUGUGGAUCGUGCUGGGCGGUAUCAGCGGCAUCUGCAAUGUCUGAUAGACUGUGUAUCCAGUCAAAUGGAAGAAACAAGACAAUACUCUCUGAUGCUGAUUUGCUUGCAUGCUGUGGUGAAAGCUGCGGUUAUGGUUGCGGUGGAGGAUAUCUUCUACCAGCUUGGAAAUACGCAGUGAAUAAAGGAGUUUGUUCUGGAGGUUUGUAUAAAGCAAAGGGUUGUUGCAAACCGUAUACCUUCCAUCCAUGUGGUCAGCACAAAGAUCAGCCGUACUAUGGGGAAUGCGAAGAAAGCGGUAAGAUAAUCACUUGUCGAGCGCUGUGUCAGUUUCGCUACAAUAAGAGUUACGAGGAAGACAAGAUUUACGUAUCUGACGCAUACUGGGUUGCUGACAAUGAGGAAGCAAUACAAAAGGAAAUAAUGGUUAGAGGACCAGCUCAAGCCGCAUAUGUGGUUUACAUAGACUUUCUGUACUACAACGGCGGGGUCUAUGUGCAUAAAUGGGGAGAGCAGGCAGGCGUUCAUGCUGUAAAGAUAAUUGGAUGGGGCGUAGACAACGGUACAAAAUACUGGCUUGUCUCAAACUCUUGGAAUUCCGACUGGGCAGAUGAAGGGUAUUUCAAAAUACUUCGUGGAGAAAAUGAGUGUGGUAUUGAAGAGAUGGUUGCAGCUGGCAUAAUGAAACUUUAAUUGAGUGUUACUCUGUAUAAAAUACUACUAUACUUAUUG